AUGGCAUCAAAUUGGCCCAAUCCUAAACAGGGUUUAACUAGUCGGGCGUCAAAUCCCUUCCCAAACGUCCAAAACUCAGUUCAUCAAACUCCAUUUGCAAAUACAACCCAUCCACCGACUCAUCCACCAGUAAAUCCUCCACCAACCGCCGGAGGAUAUGGAUAUAAUCAACCUCAGACGUUUCCUGGUCAACAAUUUCAACCCGCCUCUGCAGUACCGCCACCUUAUAACCCAAAUCAAUCAGGGUUGGUGAAUAGAAGCGGACUUGGAAACGCUACAUACUCGAAUCCCCCAAGCGUACAUUUUAGUUCUAGCUUGGACUACACUAGUCACGUGCCGCCAGCAUUUUCAGAACCAGCACCGGCACCAGUACCACCACCAAAAUUAGAGGAAAUUAACCAAUCUCAAACACCCCAAGGUGUGACGCCACCGAAGUCGACAUCAAAGACCCUAACAGGUCAAGUGUUCCACGAUAACUUCUCGUCAACAUCAACACUAGGAUACAAGACGGAUGAAGAUGUGCUGGAUUCAGUGGUUCUGGCAAAUACCACAAAGAAUUUCGUUUCGCUCUCAGUGGGAACACUCCCAGCAACUGACCAGUUGCACCAAAAGUCGGGCUUCACGCUCUCUUACACAAUCUCGCCACUAAACCCAGAUCUAAUCGCACGUUUAGUUGAAACUGUACCAUUAGUAAACCACGGAAAUGAAUCAAUCACUAGAUGUAAACAAUGCAGAGCAUAUAUAAACCCAUUUGUAAGAACAGACGCCUCCAAAAGGUUCUGGAUCUGUAACCUGUGUGAAACCUCAAAUGAACUCCAAACGAGAUAUCUCUCGUCCUUUAACCAAUACCCAGGAUCAAACCAAGCAAAUGAACUGGAGUUAAAUUGUGGAGUAAUUGAGUUCAUGGCGUCAGCAGAUUAUACAGUCAGACCGCCUCAGCCGCCAUCGUACCUAUUCCUAAUCGAUGUCUCAUCCAACGCAGUAAACUCAAGAAUGCUAGAAGUUGUUUGUAAAACCAUCAAAGAGCUGAUAUUGGACAACGAAUUUGCGAGUGAUAAUCGCACACUCGUGGGUCUGAUGACCUUUGACUCUUCAGUACAUUUCUACCAAAUAUCCAGAGGUUCGGAAAACUACCAACUCCUCGUCGUGGCUGAUUUGGAAGAUCUGUUCCUGCCACUGCCAGGAGAAGUAUUAUUAAACCUGCAAGAAUCCUCAGAGGACUUCCUGAAGUUGUUAGAUACAUUGCCAUCAUUGUGGAAAAACACAACAACAACGGGAUCAGCACUGGGGAGUGCAAUCAGAAGUGCACAUUACUCAAUGAAACACGUCGGAGGAAAGCUAAUCGUAUUCGCAGCCUCACCAUGCACAUUUGGAGACUUUUCAAUAACCUCCGCCCAAAAAUCAGAGUCAGGAACACAAUCAUCAAACGUCCUGAAUAUGAAUAAGAAACCGACAACCAAGAUACACCCACUUGAGAAAUGCAAAGACUUCAGCUGCAUGAUGUGCCAGACCCAAACCACACUGGACCUCUUUGUGUGUACUCCACAGUCUCUCAACUUAGAUAAAUUACAAUACAUGUCAACUAUGACAUCAGGAAACAUAUAUUACCAUCCAUUUAAGAAUCACGCAGAAAAUUUUAAGUUGGUUAACGAGCUUAAGCACCUUGUGAGAAGAACAACAGUGUGGGAAAGUGUAAUGAGAAUCAGACUGAGCAAAGGCUGGAAAGUAACCAACUGGCAUGGAAACUGUUUCGUAAGAGGAAGUGACCUUAUGGUACUCCCAACAACCUCAGAAGACCACAGCUACACAAUUACCUUCGUACCAGAUACAGCCAACUCAAAUAAUACAAGUUCAGCUGGAAAGAAAGUCAUGUACAUACAAACGGCCUUGUUACACACUAACAGUUCAGGAGAAAGAAGGAUAAGAGUGUUUAACACGGCAGUGGGAGUUUCAAAUGAUUUGGGGACAGUUCUCAACAGCGUGAACGUGGAAACCUUGGUGUUUAACAUGCUGCUAGGAGCAGUUAAAGUAUACCAAACGAGCGGGAAAAUGGCUGACGCAAGGAAUCAUCUAACAACACACUGCUCAAGAGUAAUGAACAGUAUGUCAAUAUUGGGCUCGACAGCAGACUCAGCAAGAGUGCUCUCACUAUAUGUUCUGGGUCUUCUCAAAAGCACAAUAUUCACAGAUGAACACAACCAGGACUACCGAGUCUAUCUCAGCACCAAGUUCAGAAGCUGUAAAAUCGAUCAAGUCAUUUUAUACGCAUACCCCCAGCUGUAUAACUUAUCUAACGAACUCAAUUCACAAGAAUUGUUACUUCAAGGGCUACCACUGUCUAUUGAAUCAGUCUUGCAAGAGUGUUUCUACCUCCUAUUUAACGGAGAGUACUUGUUGUUAUGGGUCGGAAAGAACGUUCCAAACAAUUUGCUACAAACUACCUUUGACGCACCCUCAUUUGAACACCUUAACGUGGCUCUUGUCCCACACGCACUGGAACAGUCAACGUCAAAUAACGCACACAAAGUUAAGGUUUGUCUGGAAACACUAAGAGCAAGAGUCCCGCCAUACGUACCACUGAUGGUACUCAAGCAGGGAGAAUCAGACUCACUGUUUUAUUCAAGCCUGGUCCAAGACAAAACACAUGGAAUGAUGGUCACAUUCCAGGAAUUUUACAACUCGAUGCAGCCAACAUCAGCGUUGGGAAUCAAGAGAUAA